AUGAAUGAAGAUAUUAAUUGUUAUAUAAAUGAGUUAAAUUUUGUUGGUUUAGAAAAUUAUCUUUUUGAAAAUAUAAAAGAUAUAAAUAAAAUAUGCUCAUGUAUUUGUUCACAUAAUAUUAGUGUUAUCAUAAAGAUAUUAGAAAUAUGUGGAAAGAAAAUUAAAAAUGAAAAUGUAUUAGAUCAAUUAUAUGACGAUAUUACAAGUGAAGAACAUUUUGAUAUUAUUUCAUUACAUAUUAGAAAUUAUGUUCAUCUUUUAUAUAAAAUAAUAUAUCAUUUUGAUAAAAUUGAAAAUAUAGAAAACAAUAAAAAGGUGUGUGAACAUUUUAUGACAUUUUCAAUAUAUUUAAUUAUUUAUUUUGAACAAAAUGAAUUUAUAGAACAAUUAGUUUUAAGAUUAAUUCAUAAUUUUGAAGAAAAAAGAAAAAUUGGUUAUAAUAAAUAUAUUAUAUUUCAACUUGAAAAAAACUUCUAUGAUUUAUAUUGUUUUAUUCAUUUACCUCAUUUUAUUUUCAUAAAUUCAUUUUUAAUAUGUUCAUUUGCUUCAAUAAAUCAUAAUACAAAUCAUAUAACAAACAAUGAUUUUGAUGAUACUAUAACAAACUUGAAGAAACUUAAUUUUAUCUUUCAAAAAAUACACACAAAUGUAUAUAAUGAAAACACAAAAAUUCAUUUAAAUCAUCAGGUAAAUGUAUUGUCGCAAAAAAUAAAUAUAACUAACAAUAAUUACCAUCUCAAAUAUUUAAACAAAACAAAAAUUAUAUGUGAUACCAUUUCUAAUGAUAAUAUAAAAAUUAUAUAUAACGAAAAAGAUAUUUUUUCUCUUUCUUAUAAAUAUAUAAAUUUAUGCUUUGAUACAAACAUAUAUUCAUUGGAUGAAAAAGAUUAUGAACAAAACUAUGAUCCUCAUAAUAUUAAUGUAAAUAAUUUCCUCUUACUUCUUAAGAUUCUAUCACCAUCUUUUUUUAUUUGGACUGCAAUUAAUACAAAAUUUAUAUGUCAUGAAAAAAAUAAUUAUAACAAAAAUCAUAUGAUAAAUCAAAUAUCUAAUAAAACACAAAUGAUAAAACAAAAUUAUACUUAUAAACAUAUGUAUAUCAUAAAUAAUAAAGAAAAUAUAAAUUAUUUGAAAGACACUAGUGACUGUUUCUUUUUUUUUUUUUGGUAUCUCCUUUCUUUAAAUCAAACAAGCAUAAAAUUAAAUGAUUCGAUUAACACACUUAUGGUAAAUAUUAUAAAUAAUUUUUUUCUCUUUUUUAUUAAAAGGUGUCAUCAUCUUGUUGAUUCUCAAAAGGAUAUACAAAAUUUAUUAUAUUAUCCUCUCAUCAAUAAAAAUUUUGAAACAUAUGUAUGUAAAGAGAAUCAAAAGGAGCCAAUAAAUAAUCUACAAAAUAAUGAAAAACAAAAUUUUAUAUAUACAUCAACAUAUUAUAAUACCUUUUGUGAAUUAACCUCAGAACUCUUAUUUCGAAAUAAAAAUAAAAUAUUAUUAAAUUUAAAAAAUUUAAUUAUAUGGGCAUAUAUUUCUCCAGAUGAUACAGAAGAAAUGAAUUUUUUUAAAAUGGCAAAUAUAUUUAUAUUUAACAAUAAUACAUGUGAUAUUCUAAAAAGACAUGAACAUGUAUAUCAAUAUGUACAUCAAUAUAUAUAUCAAUUCUUCUCAAAUGAUAAAGAUAUUUUCCUUUUUUAUAAUUACAAUCUUUUUAAAAAAACAUAUGAAUGUAAAACUUUAAGUUUUAAAUAUAUGGAUAACUUCUCUAAUUAUAUAUCCUCUUUUAUUCUCAACAUUAUUUUUAAUCUCACCAAAUAUUAUCUCUCAUCUAGCUUUUUUUGUGGUCAGCUAAAUAUAAACAAUUCCAAUUUAAAAAAAAAAAAUUCUGAACAAGCAAUAAUACUAGCCAAAAAAAACAAAAAUCAAGAAAUAAAAGAACAAAAAAUGAAACAAAAUGAAAUAUAUAGCAACAAUGAUAUUAAUCAUAAUAAUACAAUUGAUAAUAAUUUAUUGCCAAACGAAGAAUACAAAAAUAUAGAAACAAAUCAUUUAUCAAAUUUAUUACAAAAAGAAAAUACAUUAAAUGAACUUAGUAAUAAUAUAAUAAAUUCAUAUUUUCAUUUUAAAAAUUAUACCUAUGAUGAAAAAAUAGAAUAUUUAUUUAAUGAAUUACUUUUCAUAUCUUUUAAAUUUAUUAAUUAUCCAUUAAAACAUGUGCAACAAUGUUCUAUAGAUACAAUUAUGGAAAUAAUAACAAAGAUGAAUAUUUAUAAUCAUAUUGAAUAUAUUAAUAAAAAAUCUGAUACCUUUCUUACAUUUUUAUAUGAUGAAUCAUUUAAUAAAAAUCACAUCAUUAAAUGUUAUAUGCACAUCAAAUGUAAAUUGACAAACCAUAUAAAUAUUAAUUUACUAAAAUCCAUAGAACAUCUAAUACAAAUAUGUAAUUUGAAAUUAAGUAAUAAAACUUUAUGUUCAAUUAUUUCUAAACAUAUUUUAAUAUCACUUAAUUAUCAUCCUUCAUUACUACCUAUUAUUUUAUAUAAGUAUAUUAAAAUUAUUAUCUAUUUAAUGGAAACAAACAAUAUUAAUAUAAUUUUAGAUUCAUUAAAAUGUUUACAUAUUUUAUAUAUAAUUAAUCCUCAAGAAAUAAAAAUAUUCAACCAUGAUAUCAUAUAUAGAUUACAUUUACUAUUCAACAUAUUUAAUCAAAACGACAAAAAUAUCGAAAAUCAUAUAUCAUUUAAUUCUAUAAAACAAUUUGAAUAUUCCAAGGACAAUAAUUACGUAUCAUCUAACAAUAUAACAUCAUAUUUAAAAAAGUUCUAUUUCAAUAAUAUCCAAAUAGAAAAGAGAAGAGAAGAAAUGCUCUUACAUAUAAAACUUAUAUUAUAUUCCAUAUAUGUUAUUACACCUCCAGAUGAAUAUUUAUCAUCACUUAAAAUAUUUGAAUAUUAUCCGAAAGAAUAUGAAAUCUAUUCAAAAAAUUUUGAAAUUUUUUCUAGGUUUUAA